UUGACUCACUAUCAAAAUCCGUACUUUUUUGUUCUCAUUUCUUUUUCCAAUCUCCAGAAUUACACAUGCAACUUCUUUAAUUUGUGACACCACAUUUUGCCAGGUAGCAAAACUCAAAUAACCCACCAAAACCAACACCGAAUUAUAACAGUAACAGGGGAAGCAAAUACCUCUAGUAUUCUGGGUUCUGACUGAAGUGAAAGUUUUGCUCUACAAACACCCAAAAUCAUAUCUUUUUCUCUGACAACUGAACAAAAUCAGCAAAAAAAUUGGUGAUUGUCAGAAAAACAGUGAAAAUGGGGUGAAAUUGAGGUAAAAGAUGAAAUCUUUAGUGAAUUUUAGAGGGAGAAAUGACAAGAAAGGAAAGAACAGCAGCAGAAAAAAAGGAAGAAUUUUUUAGGAGAAAAAAGUAUGAAAAAGGGGUAUUAUUAUUGGCUGCCUGUAAAAGGGUUUGUGGGUCCAAUGUUAGUACCCCAGUAAUUUCAUGGAAGGAAGUUGGUGGAGCUCAAAACACCAUAAUUAAAGGCACAAACUCUUUUCUUCUUUACCCUUGUUCUUUUUCUGCAGUUCAAUAUUCAGCUAGGAAACUUGGUUCUGCUCUUUGGGAAUUUCAUCAUUAUUCUUCUUCGGCUAGAAUUAUGCAUUUGGGUGUUAACAAUCAUCAUCAUCAAAAAAGAAGAAAUCAUCAUCAUAGGGUUAAUAAAUUUGAGGGUUUUGAUGUUCAUCAUCAGCUUAAUCAAAAUUCUUUAGCUGUUGAUGCUCAUGGAGGUGCUGCUCCUGAUCAUCAGCCUGCAAGCGCCGGCACUCUAAGGAGGCAUAUUGCUGCCUCAAUGAUGCGGCAUCAUCAAUCAGCACAAAGGAAUAAGCACGCUUUGCAGCCUCUUUCUCCGGCUAGCUAUGGUAGUUCCUUGGAGUUGGCCCCAUAUAACCCGGCAGCCACCCCUGGCAGUUCAGUUGAGUUAAGGGAAAGGAUGGGCGAGCCAAGUUACAGUUUUAAAUCUUCAGCCGAAUUGCUCAAAAUAUUAAAUCGCAUAUGGACCCUUGAAGAACAGCAUGCUUCAAAUGUGUCUCUGGUGAAAGCGCUUAAUAGUGAGCUUGUUCAUUCCCGUGGCAAAAUCAAAGAGUUGCUCAGAGAUCAGCAGGAAAGUCGUCGUGAGAUUGAUGAAUUAAUGAAUCAACUCUCACUGGAUAACCGAGCUAGAAAGAGCAAAGAGAAGGAGCGAUUAGAAGCUGCUCUUCAAUCGGUGAGAGAUGAAUUGGAAGACGAACGGAAGUUGAGAAAACGGUCUGAAAGCUUGCAUCGGAAACUAGCUAGGGAGCUGUUUGAGAUUAAGGUGGCCUUAUCGACUUCUAUCAAAGAGCUUGAAAAAGAACGCAAAUCAAGUGCGCUCUUAGAAGAACUUUGUGACGAGUUCGCCAAAAGUAUUAGGGAAUAUGCUAAACAGGUGCAUGAUGUCAAACAGAAGUCCGAUAGGGACUGGAGUGGCGUCACUAAUCAUGACAAUUUGAUCCUACACAUUUCCGAAUCUUGGCUUGAUGAAAGAACACAGAGAAGAGACAGAGAGGCACAAAGAUCGUCUGUUAUGGACAAAUUGAGAGCCAAAAUAGAGACGUUUCUCACAGCCCUCCAAACAACUAAUGUACUUACUAAGGAUACUGAACAUAAAGAGAGUCGUUUGAGACGACGUUCCCUCGAGUCAAUUCCAGAGUUUGGAACCACCCCUGAAGAUUCAGCCUUCUCUGACGCUCGCUGUAAGGAGAUAAGCAAAAUAGGCCUCAGCCACUACGAGGAGCAAGAAGAGCUUACAGUGAGUGGGAAGAGGUUAGAUCAAAGUCCGUCUAGUGUGCAGAUGUCGGCACACCAAAACACUCCCCGGGAAAUUGCAUGUGAAGGAACUCCGACUGAAAUCAGUAUGCUGCAGAAAUCCGACAUAUAUGAUUCCUACCAAAAGAAGAGUUACGAUGAAGAAGGGCAAGGAUCAAACUCAAAGACAGUUGAUAAACUAUUAAGUGAUUUGCUGUUGUCAGGAGGCGGAUGUUUGCCUCCCGAGUAUGAUUUCAAGGGAUCUGAUUCAAGUAAUUCUUCAGCACUGAGGAGGCAUGCAAGCCCUGUUAGGCAGUGGAUGACAAGCAUGAAAUCCCCAGGUCCCAGAAUUUCAGAAUCACCUUCAAAACCACAGUCAGCAAGAGAAAACUCAUUAAAGGCCAAAUUACAGGAACCCAAGUCGAAGGGGCCGCGUUCACGUCUAAAGAUCCUGAAAAGUUCAUCAUGAGUCUCAUAAGAUUCUUAAAGGAAAAAUAAGUGUACAGCUUCAAUAAAUUUUGGCUUGCUAACGCACUGGUUCUGUUUCGGGUAGUCUUUUAGUUGUUUCCUUCAUAAAAUGUUCUUUGAUUAUGAAAUGUCUAUCAUAGCUUCUAUUCACUGAGGAUAAUGUUAUCGUUACACAUCUGUACCGUACAUAUUGAACAAAACAAUUAUGCUGUUUUGGGUUGCCAACACGAUUUAGUUGAGAAAGUUGCAAAUUAUUUGUAAUUUUGUGUUUUUGUAAGUAAAUCUGACUUUUAGUCUCCUUCAUUUAAUAUGUUCAUCUUUAAGUUUAAAUUAAUUAGAGUGCAUAAAUAGUGUUGGAGUUAUAAGUGUAGAUAAAAGGUC